CGUGCCUCUUAAUCCUCGUCUGUUAUGUCAAUUUCAUCUUACAGGCAAGCUCUCCACAUAGCCCAACAGGGAAACACCAAGGCCAACAGGAUUACUAAGAUGUCGAAACCUCACAACUCAGAUCAACCGCCUGUUGAAAAUGCCGCUAUGACGAGCUACGAAACUUUCAUCUACGAUCCCCUAGACUAUACAGUCGACUCUAUUCGCGUUAUCGAGCUCGUGCCUCAGUCAUCGGAUACCACCAUUCGAUGCAGUAUGCGGCAUAUCAAUAGGAGAGAUGUAGCGUAUGCUUGCCUGUCGUACACAUGGCAGCCUUGCAACCCGCAACGUACUAUCGAAGUAAACGGCCUUUCUCACUCGGUUGGACACAACUUGUACGAAUUUCUCAGAGUUUACACCAAUUUUAUGGGGUCUCAGCCUUCAGCAAAGAGAGGCAAAAUAUCUUUGCCGCUCUGGAUAGAUGCGCUUUGCAUCGACCAAUCUAAUGUUGUUGAGAAAAACCAUCAGGUCAGUCAAAUGGGUGAAAUUUACAGGAAUGCAGUAAGAGUGAUAGUCUGGCUCGGAGUCCUUCCUGAGGAACUCCAACAGUCUUUCAAGGACGUUUGGGCUAAGAACAGAUGGACCGAAAGCGAAUUCUUGGAAUCCUCUGAUGAGGAGGACAGAACGUUUGCUAGGGACAUGAGAGAAUACCUAAACGAUCAGGAAAUCACCAAACAGAUACGCUUACAAGGCCACGUGGAAGCUUUAUACAUGUCAUCAUAUUGGACACGGACAUGGAUUGCCCAAGAGGUACUACUGCCUCGUAAAUCCAGGGUCUUCUUGUUUACUGGCAGCGCGCUCUGGGAAAUGGCUGACUUAGCCCCUCUACUCACAGAAAUAGCCAAGGAUAGCCAAUUGCUCGGUCAAUUGCACUUCGCAUGGCCCAAAUUCCUUGGUCAAGAGUACUUCGAGGGGAGGGAUCCCACGACUACACGUUUUCGCGAAGAGAGAGACUGUUCGUUGUCAUCUCUACUGUCUCUCUACGUCUACAGCGGCUGUCAAGAUUCACGAGAUCGAAUAUUCGCCCUGCUCUCACUCGCGAACCCUCGACCCUGUAUUGAGGUCGACUAUGAGAAGACACCGAUUUGUUUAUUUCGGGAUGUCCUCAGUCAAUCAAUGGAAGGCGAAGCUAUUGAUGGUGUUUUAGCUUUUGGUGCAACUUUGAUCGAGGCUCUGGAAUUGCGCCGACCUGCGGGGAAGGACGACAAGUUACAGUACGUCAACGAACGUGGCAGUCUUGAAGACAACGUCACACAAGUGACUCUGCAGAGACCGCAUCAUGGAUUAUUGGCUCCAAUUGUAUGGAGCAAGUCGACUUUGCGAAUUCUGGACCCAUUCGGCGAUUCGCAAAACUCUUGUCAUGAACAAUCUAUGCUCUGCAUGUAUGUGGGCAUUUUUGAUGGUAGCAACACCCACAUCUUUGAAUAUGCGGUCGAAGAGACUGACUCUGGUGUACUGGUCAAGUAUGCUCGCGCGUACGAAUACUUGCAAGGUACGCCCGAAGCUAGUAGCUUAGUCGAAGGGGGCAUUUGGGAAAAGAAACGUUAUCUGUGGCUGGACAUGCCCAGUGAAGAUGUGUACUAUCUUCGGGUCAACACCCAUCUUCUAGGGAGGCUCAACGCGCGUGACACUGAUCAGGAGCCUUGUCUCUUAGGCUGGACCAGUCCUACCAUUGAGAUUUCAGAAAAUAGAGUGAGCAAGACUGGAAUAUCUCGACUGCUACCGGCCAAACGAUACUGGGAGCUAGAAAACCCACUAGUCGGCAUACAAAGAGUUGUCCCGGCCGACAUAUUCAUUUCGCGGCAAGAUUCUGUACGCGACAUGGUGAAUAAGUCAAUCCAUCAUAUCGAGCAUUAUGGCGAGUCUAAACCAGACUUAAAAAACCGACUAUGCACCUAUUACUACGUCUACAAGAGUGACGCGACGAAAUCAGAACACAACUAGGGAUUAUUCAGUAGGAGGUUCGGGCAGCUCGUUAUUAAGUAGGACGCGUCGCAAUUUUACAUGCCGUGAAAAGCAACACACUUGAAAGCAGUAAUACAAUAUAACUCCUC